GUCACCUGUCAGCCAGCCAAUAACGGAGCUCAAAGCUCCCAAGUCGUGAGUUGCUCCGAAGGCAUCAAAACAUUACUUGACGCGCUUGUAACUUGAUAUCAAGGCGGUGGAAGUUGGAAUAAAGUCGCGUGGACGAGUGGGAUUUUUUAUUUUUUUAAAUUUUUUUAUUUAUUUAUUUUUUUUGGCGUUGGAAUUAUUUCGCCACAUCGCUGGAACACAAAAUUGUGGAAAAUGCGCCUCAUGCUCCUCGUCGCGCUGCAAAUUCUCAGCGCCGCGCAAGUGACGGCUUUGCCUCCACGAUGUGACUCGGAAAUUCGAGGUCACUGCAAGCCAGUCGUGGAGGAGAAACCCAAAUGCGAGGAGAUGCAGCUGUCCUACUGCGACAACAUGGGCUACGCGCAGACCAUGUUCCCCAACAUCCUCGGCCACGCCAGCCGCCAGGAGGCCGAGAGCGGCGUGGAGUAUCUCCUCAUGAGCGUGCUGGACUCUCUGCUGGGCGGCGAGUGCCACCCGGACGCGCGCAUGUUGGGCUGCUCCGUGUUGGCGCCACGCUGCGAGGGUGACAAGGUCCUGAAGCCGUGCCGGCAGGUUUGCGAGGCGGCGCGCAAACGCUGCGUCCACGCCUUCGAGGGAAUCCAGAUGGCCUGGCCUUACUUCCUGGACUGCGACCGCUUCUUUGUAGGGGACGAGGAAGGAUGCUACGAUCCGCUCCAGGACCUCAGAGCGCAAUCGGACGGAGACGACGACUACAUGUUGUUGGACGUGCCCCCGGUGGAACCGGCGCUGAAGAUCAAAUUCGCGUAUCACUCCAACGCGCAGCUCAAUAGCAUCUUGAAGCGGACAGAGCAGGAAUGCGCCGACAUCGCCAAAACCUACAGUAUCGGCCGCAGUACUGAGGGCAAAGAGCUGCUGGUCAUCGAGUUCUCCGACAGCCCUGGUCAACACGAGCUGCUGGAGCCAGAGAUGAAGUUCAUCGCCAACAUGCACGGGGACGAAGUGGUGGGUCGCCAGCUGCUGGUCUACUUAGCGCAGUACCUGUGCUCCGAGUACCGCCUGGGCAACGAGCGCGUCCGGACCCUGGUCAACACCACGCGCAUCCACAUCCUGCCCUCCAUGAACCCGGACGGCUCCGAGGCGGCGUUUUCCGGACAGCAGGACAGGAACAGCGGCGUCGAUGACGACGAUGACGAAGCGGGUCACGCCUAUAGUUCGACCAACGUUGGCCGGAACAACGCCCAGAACGUCGACCUGAACAGAAACUUCCCCGAUUUGACUUCCAUCGUUUACGCCCGACGCCGACAAAAGGGCUACCGCACCGACCACGUCCCGAUCCCGGACCAUUACUGGUUCGGCAAGGUCGCGCCCGAGACGUACGCCGUGAUGAAAUGGGUCCGCUCCGUCCCGUUUGUGCUCUCGGCUAACCUCCGCGGCGGCGAUCUGGUGGUGUCCUACCCGUACGAUCGCUCCAAGCACCCGCUGGAUCUCAAUCUGUUCUCCCCGACACCCGACGACAAGGUAUUUAAGUUUCUGUCCAGAAGCUACGCCGGCACGCACGAAAGCAUGUACACUGGGAACACCCGCUGUGGAUCGCCACACACGAACGGUCACAGAGGAACGGUGAACGGGGCGCAGUGGGCUAGCAGCGCCGGAGGCAUGCAAGAUUUCAACUACCUCCACACCAACUGCUUCGAGGUGACCGUGCACCUGGGAUGCGAGAAAUUCCCGCCCGAGGAGGAGUUGUUCAUCAGCUGGCAUGAAAACCAGGAGGCGUUGAUGUCGUUCAUAGAAGCAGUAAGCAUGCGACGCCUUUCGGCUUCCUGUUCGGUUGCCUUCAAAAUAAAAACAAAGAAAAAAUGUCCUCAGGUCCAUCGCGGUAUCAAAGGCAUCAUAAGAGACGCGGAGGGAAACGGAAUAAAAGGUGCGAGGGUAUCCGUGCGAGGAAUACGCCAUGACGUCACCACAGCUGAAAACGGAGAAUACUGGCGCCUCCUCAGCCCGGGCAUCCACAUCGUGUCGGCCUCCGCGCCCGGGUACACUCGAGCGGCCAAGAAGAUCCACCUGCCUCCCAUGAUGCACUCCGCCGGCCGGGUGGACUUUGUUCUGGAGAAGGCGGCGCUGGAGCCCGGCCAGCUGGAGGAGGAGGCCGCCGCCGCCGCCGCCUACGAACGCUUCGACCCCAACAACCAGUACGAACGCUACGUCCAGAUGGCGGAGGUCAGCCAAAGCCGCACGGAGAGAGUGGAGAAGCCCUGGUGGUGGAACUACUUCGUCCUGCCGGGGGCGCCCUCUCCGACUUGGCUUCUCUUGAGCCACUAACUCGCCUUUUCAUGCUCAAUGUAUUCUCACUGUCAACAAACGGGAGUAUAACGCAACUUAGAAAACCAAAACAAGACUCAAGCUCACACAUUUCUUCAAAUAAGAGGCACAGUGUGCUCGCUUCAAGCCGUUUAUUUGUCACUCCGCACAUAAAACAAAGGAGAAUUAAAUUAAAGGCCCAGGAAAAAAAUGUCUCGUAAAUUUGACACGCCACAGAGAAUGUUGUUAACAAGUCUGGCAGAUUUGACCGAAGAAGGAAGGAAAUAUAUUGAACCAUGAACCGAGCAGCCGGCCACUUUUACUAUUUUAUUCUUUUUCAUUAUAGCCACAUAAAUCAUUUCAGCACCAUG